UUUAUUGGUUUAUUUCAGUGGAAUGAAAAAAUGGUGAAAAUUAGUACAAGUGAAAAUGAAAUUCGGGGGAACAUCAACUUGUGUUUAAUCGCAUGGAUCUCAUUGAACUUGAGCGGAAAAUUUAAAAGAACUUUCUAAUCUAUGUACCGAGAGGGAAAAGUAUCGGAAAAGCUGCGGUGAAGCGAUAUACUUUAAACGAAUAUUAUUCUAUGACGGGUAUAAAAUGAAAAUUAAAAAAAAAAUAAUAAAUAACGGUUAAAGAAGGUGGAUCAGGAUUAAAGACUACAAAUGUAUAAUGUCCACGAGGAUUUUCAGGUUGAACAAGGGAUCACAAACAGCAACCGCAAGCGGUUACUGUAAUUAACGUAUCGCCUUUCAUCGGUUUUCAUCCAUGUUUUGCACUCCCAAUUAUAUAAUUUCAUUUGACAACCCACCCCAUAAUAGUGCGGGAUAUUCAAUUGUAUAAAAUAUAUAAUAUAAAAUGUAUAAAAAGUACACAGAAAACAACCAUUGAGAUAAAGGCGUUAUCAGCGAAACAUGGAUGAGAGUGCAUAGGUGGCUAGUGAAAAGGGUUCGUCGGAUGGUUGAGAAGAUUUUUAUGGUGGAGUGUUGUGGGAAAAGGAGAAAGAACUAAAGUGAAAAGAGUAUAGAUGCCCAGGCUGCCGGGAUCACAGGAUAAAGUGGGAUGGGCAGAAGGCAGAAGGCGAUAUACAAGAGAGAAUGACCUAGUGGUGUGGAGGUGGGGCGUUUGGGAUGCUCCAGAUUAUCGGUUAAGAUCGGAUGGAGGGAAAGGUAGAAAGUACGGAAAAUACUUGGCAUCUAAAUGUCACGCCGAUUGCAGUCGAAGAUACCAACAACUUUUUUGGAUCUUUUCCUGGCAAAACUUCAUCCUAUACAGCAACACAGGCAAUAGUCAUAGGAUUGAUCCUCGGAAGCAUCGUAAUAGGCACCGUAAUAGGAAAUAUACUGGUGUGUGUUGCGGUAUGCUUAGUUCGAAAAUUACGGAGACCCUGUAACUACCUACUUGUCAGUCUAGCAGUGAGUGAUCUUUGUGUUGCUCUUCUGGUGAUGCCAAUGGCACUGCUCUAUGAGAUACUGGGGACGUGGUCAUUUGGACAAUUUUUAUGUGAUUUGUGGGUGAGCUUUGAUGUUCUCAGUUGUGCAGCGAGCAUUCUCAAUCUUUGUAUGAUAUCAGUCGACAGAUAUUGGGCCAUCACAAAACCACUGGAGUAUGGAGUUAAACGAACCCCACGACGCAUGAUACUCUGCGUUACUCUCGUCUGGUUGGUCGCCGCUUGUAUUAGUCUUCCACCUCUUCUUAUUCUGGGUAACGAACACAAAUUCGAGAUGGGUGCUUGGCAUUGUGAUGUCUGUCAAAACUUUGGAUAUCAGAUCUACGCAACUCUUGGAAGUUUCUACAUACCACUCAUUGUCAUGAUUGUGGUGUAUUAUAGAAUAUUCAGUGCGGCACGAAAAAUAGUACUGGAGGAAAGACGUGCCCAAAGUCAUCUCGAAGCUCACUGCAAUGUGGAUAUAGGACCAGUAUCGCAUCAUACGAGCGCCGUUAGUCAUCCCUCGAAUUUUGACGUUCAGCCGACACACAGUAGUCCUACCAUUAAACAACAUCGUAGCUCCAGUGCUUCCACCACGUGCAGCGGACAUGGAGUCAAGUGUUUCGCUGGUGGUCCACGUAAGAGCAAUGAAUCCCAGUGUCCAAUGCUCCUGAGAACUGAGAAAACAAUAGUAUCGUCAACUACCUUGAUAACAAAAUCAACAAUUGUACGAAAUCAUUUGCAUAGUACUUGUAGUGUAUCGAGCUCUCCGCAUCAGAAGAAACUUCGAUUCCAAUUGGCUAAAGAGCGAAAAGCAAGCACUACACUUGGAAUAAUAAUGAGUGCGUUUACAAUUUGCUGGUUACCAUUUUUCGUUCUUGCCCUGGUGCGUCCAUUCUUGGAUGAUCCUAAGGCUAUUCCAAAAUCGCUUUCCAGCUUAUUCUUAUGGCUGGGCUACUGCAACAGCCUCUUCAAUCCUAUAAUAUAUGCAACAUUGAAUCGAGAUUUUCGCAAACCAUUUCGCGAAAUUCUAUUUUUUCGCUGUGGUAAUCUAAAUCACAUGAUGAGGGAAGAAUUUUAUCACAGCCAAUUUGGUGAUCCAGUCAAUAAUUACGUAAUUAAGUCCUGUGACCAUGAAGAGGGUGGAGAAUGCCUUGAGAAUCAUGGGUUGGAGACAAUCGAAGGGGCAGCCAAUCCGGCUAACGAGAGUUUUCUCUGAUUAACAGCGCAAUGUAGAGUUUACUGAAGUGACUUUUCAAUCAAUAGCUUGCUGUAGAGGUAAAGCUACAGCAUAAAAAUAUUAAAUGGCUGAUGCCCCGGAAAUUACAAAGCUAUUCAUGGGAUUUUCACGAUAGUAGUGAUGGUGUUUCAUGUUUCAACUUCAAACGAUCAAUGAUCGGAAGAGGAGAGAGAAAAGAAAAACUCCCGCGAUGCUUUCAUCAAACACUGUCAAUGACCUCUGAUCCUUCCACGCGUUAUUCACCCUUAAAUUCGGACCACCAACAAGGGAAUUAUUGAUCGAUGCCUCUUUUUCAAUUGCAUGCUCCUAUUCUUUUCGAUGAAGACGAUCAAGGCCAGCGAGGAGGGAGAGGAGGAGAUGAGGAGGAAUAGAAGAAGAAGAAGAAGAAGAAGAAGAAGAAAGCCACAAACAAAGAUUAAGUGAAAUUACAUAUUAUUGGGAUCACCUUUCAAUUGGAUAAACUACAAAAAAAAAUGGUCAGUUCCUCUGCAUCAAAUCACUUAUUAUGUAAUCGUCUCUGGAAUGAGGAGAUACGUUUAAUGAGAAGAGGAAGCAAACAAUAGGUCAUUAAUACUGGGACUGUGUACAGAUUUUUUUGCAUGCAUGUGCUUUAGAUAAUCAUUUCACUGAUAGCCAAUUGUCCGAAUUAGUUAGUCAUGGAUAAUACAACUAAAUGGCAGAAUUAAUUAAUAACAAUCUUGAGUGCAGUGAACUAGUGGACAAUCGAUGAACUCUUGAAUUAUAUUAAGCUGUCAAGACUUUGCUUAUGAAGAGAUAUUUAUUAAGGAUGUAUUUUCAUUAUCGUUUGAAAAUAAUAUUGGAGAAACAUAUUCUCAGAAUAAGAAAUUAGUGA